GCAGCGGGGCCGUCGGGAAACAGAAAUCCAGGGAGCAGUUCUUGCCUCAUCGUGGCGUCCGUUGCUUAUACCCGCGCGGAAUCCUUCGUCGUGAAACCUUCCCACCCCCCACUCCCACGGAAGUUUCCGCGAUGGCGACGGCGGUGGUUCAGGAUUUUGUGUCUCGGCAGCUGGAGAUGCUAAAGGAGGAAAGGGAGGCCGAGAUUUCAGAAGCCAGGGCAUGGAAGGAAAGUUUCUCCCUCAAAGAGCUGCAGCGUAAAGGUGUCUGCUUGCUGAAACUCGAAGUAGCCAGUCAAAGAACGGGGCUGUAUGGCCGUCUGCUUGUAACUUUACAACCUAGAAAGCAUAGCUCAGAGUCUGAGCUGCCCUCCAAUAAUUUUGGUCCUGGUGACAUUGUUGGACUUUAUGAAACAGCAGGUCAGGGUGAUCAGCUCUCCACAGGACUUGUCACCCGUAUAGCCCCCAAAUCAAUCACGAUUGCAAUUGAUGAGCCUCAAAGUAACCUUGUGAGCUUGGACCAGGGGAACUCCUAUCGUCUGCUGAAACUUACCAAUGAUGUCACAUACAAGAGGCUUAAAAGGGCCUUAAAUACACUUAGUCAGUAUCGCUCCGGGCCUGCAUCUGGUCUUAUCGACGUCCUCUUCGGUUCUUCUGAACCUAGUGAUGCCAACAAUAUAAAGCUGUUGAAGUACUACAAUGAAUCACUGGAUGCCUCUCAGAAGGAGGCUGUUUGCUUCUCGCUGGCACAGAAAGAGCUUGCCAUCAUCCAUGGACCACCUGGAACAGGCAAAACGACUACGGUGGUGGAGAUAAUACUCCAAGCUGUUCAGCAAGGCUUGAAAGUCUUGUGCUGUGCUCCAUCUAACAUUGCAGUUGACAACUUGGUAGAAAGACUCGCUAGCUGUAAAGAGCGGAUCCUGCGCCUUGGUCACCCAGCUCGUCUCUUGGAGUCCAUACAGUGCCAUUCACUUGAUGCAGUCUUGGCACGUGGGGAUAAUGCCCGGAUUGUAGCAGAUAUCAGGAAAGAUAUUGAUAAAGCAUUUGUGAAAACCAGAAAAGCCCAAGACAAAGGAGAAAGGAGCCAUUUUCUAAAUGAGAUUAAAACACUGAGAAAAGAACUGAAAGAGCGAGAGGAAGCUGCUAUGACUGAAAUACUGACAAAAGCUAAUGUUAUUCUGGCGACAAACACAGGAGCCUCUUCUGAUGGUCCGCUGAAGCUACUUCCUGAGAACCACUUUGAUCUGGUGGUGAUUGAUGAAUGUGCCCAGGCGUUUGAAGCAAGCUGCUGGAUACCUCUGCUGAAGGCCAGGAAGUGUGUCCUGGCUGGAGAUCACAAGCAGCUGCCUCCCACAAUCAUCUCUCACAAAGCUGCCACAGAGGGUCUUUCUCUCAGUUUAAUGGAACGGCUGAUUCAGAAAUAUGAUGACCAUGUUGUGAAGAUGCUCACGGUGCAGUACCGAAUGCACCAGACCAUCAUGCAGUGGGCUUCCACGGAGAUGUACGGCGGCCGCCUCUCAGCUCACUGCUCUGUUGCUCAACAUUUACUGAGGGACCUGCCAGGGGUGGCUUCCACAGAAGAAACUUGCAUUCCGUUGUUGCUUAUUGAUACAGCUGGCUGUGGCUUAUUUGAGCUUGAGCUGGAAGAUGAACAGUCUAAAGGAAAUGAAGGCGAAGCACGUCUUGCCAGCUUGCAUGUUCAGGCUUUAGUGGAAGCUGGUGUUAAAGCAAGAGACAUUGCCGUCAUUGCUCCUUACAACCUCCAGGUGGACAUGCUAAGGGAGCUUUUGUGUCACAAGUACCCAGACCUGGAGAUUAAAUCUGUGGAUGGCUUCCAAGGAAGAGAGAAGGAGGCUGUUGUCCUCUCUUUUGUAAGGUCCAACAGAAAAGGUGAAGUAGGAUUCCUUGCUGAAGACCGGAGACUAAAUGUUGCAGUUACCCGUGCCCGCCGCCAUGUGGCUGUGAUCUGUGACUCUCGGACCAUUGGCAACCACAUUUUCCUUAAACGGCUGGUAGACUAUAUGAACCAGCAUGGGGAGGUGCACACCGCUUUUGAAUACCUGGAUGACAUCGUGCCAGAUAACUAUGCUGCUCCCAAGAGCUCUCAGGGUCUGGGUGACCAAGAAAAGAGACUUAAGUGCAACACUCCACUUGCCCCAAAGGCUGGUGGAGAGAAGCCAAGAGGAAAACCAGCCAAACGGACUGGGCAGAGGCCCAUAGAGGGUUCUGUGCAAAGCCCAGCCUGUGGGGCAACAGUGGACACUGUAGUGAAGGGAAAUUCAUGUAAGCAUGAAGCCAGGAUACUGGAGUUUCUGGAGAGUAGCGAGACCCAACUGGAUUUCCCUUCGUCAUUAAAUGCUCAUGACAGGUUGAUCGUCCACCGUCUGGCAGAGGAACAUGGGCUGCAGCACGUGAGCACAGGAGAAGGUAGAGAGAGAUACAUCAGUGUUCGUAAGAGAGGCACCGCGACAGACUUUUCUCUGGGAGAAGCUAAGGCCUGUGAACAAGAGUUGUCCUGCAGACCUGCAGGCACCCCCAAAGAAUCCCAGGCCUCUAAACAAGAGUUAACCUGCAGAUCCCCAAGCCCCUCGAAAGACACCCAUGCCUACUGUGAGGAGAGUGGAAGCCGUAUUAGCAGGAAGAAAGUGGAUCUAAAAACCCUGCACAUGGAGCGGAUGCAAAGGGAGAAUGCCAAGAGAGAGGAGAGGGCCAAACAAAGUCGUGAGCCAAAUGUAAACCUUCAGGAAAUAACUGGGAAUAAACACGGAAGUGAAGCCAAAGGGAAGGCUGCUGUUAAAACCAAAGUGGAAGGUUCAGCAGAGGAAGAUUUUGAUGCUCUGAUUUCUGCUGCAGUCAAAGCUGACAACACGUGUGGUUUCCCCAAAUGCAAAGCAAGUGUGACAACCCUCGGGCAGCUUUGCCUGCAUUGCAAUAAACGCUACUGUCUCAGCCACCAUAUCCCAGAGAUUCAUGGCUGUGGGGAGAAAGCCAAAGCAUAUGCCCGGCAGAGAAUCAGCAAAGAAGCUUCUCUAUGUGCCGGGAGUGGCUUAAAGGACAAGCCCUUGGAUCCUGCCAAGAGAGCUCAUCUCCAGAGGCGCCUGGACAAGAAACUCAGUGAGCUCACAAGCCAAAGAAAGAGCAAAAAGAAAGACAAAGAGAAAUGAGAGGAUUAGCUAUUUCAAGGCAAAACGCUCGCCUGCCUGUCCUUGAGGCACCUUCGUAAAGCAGCAUGCUCAGGCUCCAGAGGAAAAAAGCUCAUCACACUCUUAAACCUUUUGGCUUGUUUCCCCCACCCCAAUCCGCCAAAAUCAAUAAUAUGUCCCUCAGCUUCACAGUCCUCAGAGAGUCAGAGACUGACUGAAGAAAUGUUCCCACCAUCUGCAGGUUUCAAACAAUUCUCAAGUUGCGUUUUCCACUGUAAAAUGUGUUUUUCCUCAGCCAUGUCAGAACUAUAAAGCCCCAUUGGUUAAGGAGAAAGGUGGGCAGCUUUUGUUUGUAGUGAUUAUCUUUAUUGGCUAGGUAAUAAAUGUACUCUGAGCGGGCACAGAGCAGGUUUUACAAUAAAACGGUGAUAGCAUAUGCCUUGA